UACAAAUAUGUUCAUAUUAGAAGACAGAAACAUAAAGACCAUUUCGAGUAUGAGUUCCUCUACAACCAAGCAGGCAAAUCCAUAGUCAACAGAGUAUUGAAGACACACAGGAUGAACCCACGGCAUGGAGGAGUUUGGCAUCAAUAUGAUGAUAUGAUACAGCAUCCCAGACUUAAUGAACUAUUGAAAGAGAAAAAAGAUACAGAGGCAAAAACGAUUACUACACUAGUUACUGGAUGGUUCUACAAGUUGGUUGGUAACCGUUCAGUAUCAAAUAGAGAUGAACGAAUAGUUGCAGAUAAAAAGGUUGCUCUUUUGUCAUAUCUCCCUACUUGGGAAGGCUUCUUGAGUGAAAACUUUACACCAAUGGAACCUUGCCAAGCCAUUGAGAAGUUUCUUCAAGUUGUUGAAGGCAUGACUGGAACAUGGACUAAGAAUGAAAACUUGUAUGAGAUCAGACAUUGGGUCCCAACAGGGUAUUCAGCAAAUGAGGUACUUCUGCAGUUUCUUGAAGGGAAGAUCAUGCAACUAGAAAAAGAUGUUUCUAAGGAUGUUGAUACAAGCAUUAAAGCAUUGAUAUCAGCAUUAGCUAUAUUGCAUGUUAUUAGAAAAUCCAACGUCAUCUUCGUUGAUUGGAAAAUUCGGCAUACUUUGUUACGUGCAUUGGCUCUCCCUUUGUCUCUCACCAAAGAUGAAUACACAUAUAUUGUGGAGAGACUCCAGGAAGCUUUUAAACCUAUACUUGAUGAUCUGAUUAUAACACUUGUGUUUUGGUGCAACAUGGCGAUGGUAAAAGACAUUGAUGCCACAUGGAUGUUGGUUGUACCUCUCUUACAUUUCCUGCGUGGUGAAUCUAAACCAAUAGACUGGCCUACAAAGCUGGACAAGUAUGAUUACAAUGAUGAUGUGUGGUGGGGACAUAAAGAACUGGCGAUGAACGAAACCAGAAAACACGCCGAGCAUUCUAUAGGACAAAUUUCAAACUUUUUGGGAGAUCUUUCCCAACUUUUCCAAGUUGACCUUCUACUUCAGCGAACAGUUUUGUCUUCAAUGUCAAUUAUGGAGCUGGCUGAAAUGUUUAGCAAAAUUGAAUUUGAUUUUUACAUCACUUGUUGUACAAUUGGACGCAUAAUCUUCCAGAUCAGUAAAUAUUGGCACGAUUCUGACAUACAGGAACUUUGGACAAUUCUUAAUGCUGUUCGUCAAAACAUACAACAUGAAAGUAUCAACAAUGGUCAAAGCCUUGACGACAAAUUUGCUGAACGGGAUUUGAAAGCUAUGACUGUUAUUCUUGGUUCAAUUAAAUUGUUUCUAAGGAAAUCAUAUAUCCAAGAUUUGAGUAUGUUAACGAUCCCUUUGCUGCUAGAAUUAUUUGUUGCAAGCUUAGAUAGAUGCUUCGCUCACUGUGAAAAUAAUACUGAUGCAGCAAUGAAAUGGAGGCAGCAAAUAAAAUAUAGCCUGGAAGAUACUGGACAGUUUGUGAAAAAGCUUUUGAAGAGGUUGUCUGAUCAAAAGUCAUUUAAGCAAUUGCUGGGAUUUUUGAAUGACAUGUUCAAUAUUGUUUCUGCAUAUGAAGAAAUCACCCAAAUAUGGAUUGCCGACUUGUGCUCAUCCUUGCAAGAGAAUAUUCAAUGGAAAAUUCAAAGAGUCUAUGAAGAUGAAAAUUUGGUGAGAUUUUAUUGUGAUACUGACUUCAGUAAAUGCCAUCCAAUGAUUGAGACAGUUUUUUCUGAAGCUGCAUUUGGUAUUAUAGAUAAAGUUAUGGAGGGCAGCACUGGAGAGGUUUUUUUUAACAGUGUCUCUCAUGGAUAUCAUGUGCUGCCAUACGAGGCUGAAAGAUAUGGCAAAAUAUUCUCCCAUCUCCUUGAGAAAUCACUUACCCAUAAGGAUGCCAUGACACUUCAGUAUUUAUUACAAUGGAAGCCGCUUGCUGGUUUUUUCAAAAUGUUAGUUAAGGGUAAAAGCAGCAUUGCCUUAACUAAAAAAGCACAACCUCUGCUCCUACAAGCUAAGUCGGUGAUGGAAGAUAUCGUCUUAAACAGUCUGUGCAAUGGUUGUGUUACGGUUGAGGACCUUGGUUUCAUUCAACAAGAGAAGAAGCAGUUUCUCAAACUUUGUGAAGUAAUGGAUGUUGCAAGAAUCACCAAGCAAUAUCUUCCAGGAAACUUGGAAAAUGUGGAUGUUGGCAACUUGGUUAAGAAAGUUAUCAAACAUCGAGAAACCGAAUUGGAUGCUUUCUUUGAUGCUAAUCUCCGUGUUGGUGUGAUGUUGUCUAUGUGUAGAGAAAUAUUCCAUGAAGAUAGCAAUGGAAAGAAGUCACCAGCUGUGGAUACCAAAGGAAUCGAGAACUCUUUGGAAAGGGAAAAGGAAAAACUGCAACUGAAAGAUUUAUGCAAUCCAGCUGAUGUUCAGAUGAUAAUGAUUUCAUGUUGUACUCCAGAAAUCACAUUCUACAAAUGCUCAGAUGAAAUUUCUGCAAUGCUUCUCGAAAUUCAAAGGAUACAUUUAAGUGUAAUUUUUCGACACUUCUGGGCAAGGAGGGUCAAAAGAGUUAUACAGCAGCGAGCAGAAAGCAACAAACUUAUGACAUUAGAUGAUGUCGAGAAGCAAAUCUGGCAAAAUGUGAAGAAGGAGUGGGAGGAAUUUGGUGGUAAAUUGAUAGUAGGUAAUAUCACAUUGAAUUCUGUAACCAACAACUUGCAAUUUAUCGAGGACGAUUCUUUAGAGAAUAGUUUAAAAAUCUUCAGAAUUGACAACUCUCCAGAUAUGUGGAUAAAAGAGCGUUCUGACCAAAUCCGUCUGUAUCGACAACUUGGUAGGUGUUUAAAAACUGCUGAAACUAUCCAAGAGAUUCAAACAACAUUUGAAUUGCAAGGCGACUUUAGCUCUAUAGAGUUCCUGUGUUCAACAAACAAGAGGGAUUUCAAGAACAAAUGUCUAAAAGACUUGAAUACAGAUGUUGCCAAAGCCUGUCGUGAGUUGGUACAUGUCACCAUGGAACAAAGCAAAAGUUUAAAAACUUUGAUGAAAUGUAAAAAACUGAUAUUGUGGAUUAAAAAAGAAAUCAAAAAUAUGCAGGAGUUAAAAGUGUUUGUGGAUCUUGCAAUGAUCCAAGCUGGUGAAACUGACAUUGAAGUUGAUAGAGUCUCCUGCCUUCACCAAGCUGCUACAGGCUAUGCUGCCUUCAUUUUUGAUCUGACGGAAGAAUCUGGCUACACCGAUCUUAUAUCCAUUUGCAAACAUACAUGGACAGCUUUGAAAAAUGAUCCAAAGCUAUCAAAGAAACUUGAGGACACUAGUCGUUAUAUAGAAUGGUUGAAAGGCAUCAAAGAUUCCCAUGGGUCUGUGGAAGUGACUUCAUUACGCCAAGUAGAAAGAAUUAAUGCUAGAGGCAUCUAUGAAAUUGGCAAAUUAAAAGAGCAAACAUUAAGACUUCGUGUUCGUGUAGAAGAUGGUGAAGAGAAGAUUUAUACAGUUGAACAACUUAAAGAUCUUCAGAGUAAGCUGAUGCUGGUUGCUGGGAAGGCUCACCAAAGCACUGACGCCAAGGCUGAAGUUGAUCGCUUUGUAGAAGUGUUUGAUGGAGCUCAAGAUCUAGAAAUGUAUUAUAAAAAAAUGUGCACAUCUGGAAACGUACUUUUUACAGACUUAAAAAUUAGACUAAUCUGUGACAAACACAGCAAGACACCAGUCCAUGUAGAUUUCUGUGUUGUUGAACAAAAACCUCUCUUUGGUAAGAAAGACCUGACUGACAACUUGAAAGAGCUCCUCAACUUUAUGCAAGCAAGCUUGAAGCAAUGGUAUGAUUACAUUGAUGAGAAGCGGGAAGACUUCUACCAAUUGAACAUUUACACUACUAAACAGCUUGUUAUUUUGCGUCGUGCUCUUGCAAAUUUUGGUGAGGAAGAUGUUAGUCCUAAAGUAUAUGCUCUUUUAAGUCUUGUGAAACCAGACUGUAGAGUACAGGAUUUGAGGAAAGCUGUUGCAAUGGUUAAAAAAGAAAAGGAAAAUGAAUCAAUUGAUGAUGAACAAUAUGCUAAAGAAACUGCGCAAACGGAAGAUGUCCUUUUGGAUGAAGAGAAGGAUCGCAUGGUUGCUUUCUGGGACGAGUUGGAUGGCAUGCUGGAUGAGGAACAAACAAUGGCAGUGCUGGAAGACAAGGGAAUAAUAGAUGUUGAAGAUGCAGUGACACUCAUUUCUGACUCUCCAUACUCUGAACAGACUUUGGAAGACCUAGUGGGGAGGUUUUACACCAGAGUUGGCUGUACUCUAUCGGAACUCAAUCAACAAAGACGUGAUAAUGAAGAAGCAGAAAGAGAAGAGCAAGCAAGAAAUGUUGGUAGAGAUGAAGAAGAAGAGCAGGUACCAAUCAGUCUUCAAAAUCUUGGACAUGGGACUGAUAGUGUUAGAAAUGACCUUCUAGAAGGGAUGAAGACCUUUAGAGGGACUCUUAUUGGAAAACUGAACUAUCUCUGGAAGAACUACUUGAGUUCAACAAAAUCUGCUGAUCUUUCUGACUAUGUCAGUGUUGAAACGCUAGGAAAGCUUUUGAAACAUCUUGCUCCUGAUUGUCAAGCCCCUGCUAGAAGUUUCCCUCAAUAUCUUGCAAAAGGGCAUCCUAACCUCAUUGUUUGCCCAGCUAGAGAUGUACUGCAUACUGUGUUGUCAGUCUACAUGGAAGGCAAUGGAAAUUUGCCAGCCUAUGAUGAGGUUUUGCUGUGCAAUUCAAAAACAACUCUUGAAGAGGUUGUGUUGUUGUGGCGACGAGCAUUGAAUGGUAACAAUGUGAAGACUUACUGCCUUGUGAAUGCUGAUGCAUUAGAUUAUGAUGUCAGUGUUGAUGCUGUCAAAAAACUUCACCAGCUAAUGAAAGGAAAUGCUGGUUACCAACUUGUCAUUGUUUGUAACCGAGAAAGAGAAGACCAGUCGCGGAUGGUCACAGCUUUAAAUUCUGACCGUAUUUCAUCUGAUAAACCAACUUGCCGGAAAAAGCAGGACAUUCAAGAAUACCUACGUACACAAUUCAUUCAACAAAUAAUUAAUCGCAGAACAUGUGUGCAAGCUAUUUCCUCCAAAAGACCAGGUGUUGGAAAAUCACUGCUUAUUCAAAGGUACAAGGAAAAACUUCAGAGAGAUGUCAGGCGCCCAGACUGCUGUAUUACUGUUCCUUUGCAGACAACAACUGUCCAAGAGCAUGACAUUGCAAAGACACUGAUCAGUCAGAUGCAGGAAAUGAAUUGCCGUUUUCCACGAAUUGUUCACCUAGAUGUUUCACCAAAUGUGUAUAACGGGUUAGAUCACCUUCUCUUCAAUCUUCUCAUUUUGAACACAAUUUGCUGCCCUGAUGGAUUGGUGUGGCGAAGGCAUUUCUAUGACCUCUAUUUAAUAGAGGUCACUCAUGCUGGUGAAGUCAAGGUUGAAGAUACCAAGAGUGAGGGAAGGUCCAGCAAAGAUACUUUCUUUGAGAGUCUUCCAACGGUGUUAUGUCGACCACCAAAAGAGACACAUAAAAAAGAAGUUGAAAAAUCUCAACAACAAUUACCAGAAGGGUUUCAAGACCCCUUGAUGGAUGACCUAGAGUUCAGAAGUUCAAGGUUUCAGCGACCUUACCAGUACCUUGCGGGACUUGACCAAAAUGCCCUUCUAGAUGCUUUCAAAUUCAAUAGGCGUCAAUUACAUGGAAAUCAUGUUGACUGCUUGGCAACACUUUUAAGGCAUUGUGGCCUUCCGGAUCCUUCAUGGUCAGAGUUGUCUCAUUUUGCUUGUUUUCUCGACAAGCAAUUAGAAGCCUGCGAGGGCUCUGUCUUCUGCGACUUAGCUAUGCUGGCUGACACUGGAUUGGAUGGAUUUAAAACAUUUGUUGUCAAAUUCAUGUUGCAGAUGUCAAAGGAUUUUGCUACUCCAUCACUACAAAUGAGUGAUGAAAGUUUUCGCAUAAAUGAUGACGAAGUAGAUGAAGACAUUCCAAUCCAACUCCGCAGACAUUGGGAAAGCAGCCCACAUCCGUAUAUCUUCUUUAACCGUGACCGUCAGACAAUGACAUUCAUGGGGUUCAGUAUCGAUCGUAACGGAACACUCCUUGAUGUAGAUGGCCGUGUGCUGCAACAAAAUGUGAUGACAAAGAGCCUGAUGAGAGGGCUUGACCUUCAAAGGGUCAAUCUGUCAGAAGAUUUUGAUUCUUUGCCAAGGGAUGAGAAGCUGCGGAAGUUGUGUAUGGUGAUGGGAAUCGAGAAUGUCAGUAAUCCAGACGACACGUACGAGCUGACUACAGAUAAUGUUAAGAAGAUCUUGGCUAUCCACAUGCGAUUUAGGUGUGGCAUCCCUGUGAUUGUAAUGGGUGAAACAGGCUGUGGCAAGACUCGUCUCAUUCGCUUCAUGUGUCAGUUACAGUCUCAUGGAUUGGUCGCAGACCAACCUGUAAACAACAUGAUUCUUAUGAAGGUACAUGGAGGUACAUCCUCCGAGUAUAUUGUUCAACGUGUACGCAAAGCAGAAGGACUUGCAAGGGCAAACAAAUCACGGUAUAAAAUUGAUACAGUUUUGUUUUUUGAUGAAGCAAACACAACUGAGGCAAUUGGAAUCAUUAAGGAGAUUAUGUGUGAUGGACGCAUGAAUGGCCGGCAGAUUGACUUCGAUGGCAGUGGCCUAAAGAUAGUUGCAGCCUGCAACCCUUAUAAAAGACAUACAGAAGAAAUGAUUGGAAGACUAGAAGCAGCAGGUCUUGGUUACCACAUCAAAGCCAGUGAAACCAAAGACAGACUUGGUCGUAUUCCUCUACGUCAGCUAGUGUACCGGGUCCAAGCUUUACCCCCAAGCAUGCUACCUCUGGUGUGGGACUUUGGUCAGCUGAACAGUACAGUAGAAACUAUGUACAUUGGUCAAAUUGUACAACGUUUUGUAAACAAUGGACAGAUCUAUGCAAUCCCACAACAGGUUAAAGUUGUGAGUGAAGUUUUAUCUGCUGCCCAAGCAUUCAUGAGAGAACAGAAGAAUGAGUGCAGCUUUGUAAGCUUACGAGAUGUUGAGAGAACUCUUAACGUGAUGGUCUGGUUCUUCAACAAACGACAUCUGUUACGACCUUUGAUUGAUGAAAAGAUUGAGAACGCAAGGGACAGAGUAGAGAAAGAAAUGGACAGUGAAGAAGAAUAUUGUGAAUAUGAUUCAGAAGAUGAUAUUCCUCUUCGUGAUGAAAUGGAUAUGGCGAUUGAUGACCUUACUUGGGCAUUAGUCCUUGCCCUUGGUGUCUGUUACCAUGCAUGUUUAGAUGAAAAACGAGAAAACUUCAGAGACUCUGUAGCAAAAAGCUUCAAUGCCCCACUGAACUUAUAUGGAGGGAGUGGAAGGAUUUACAGGGAAAUAAACAGCUGUCAGGAUAUCUUUUUAGAUGAGAUUCAAUUGGGUCCAAAUAUUGCUCGCAACUUGGCCCUUAAAGAGAAUAUUUUCAUGAUGAUCAUCUGCAUUGAGUUGAGGAUUCCAUUGUUUUUGGUCGGAAAGCCUGGAAGUUCAAAGUCUUUAGCUAAGACUAUUGUGGCUGAUGCCAUGCAAGGAGACUCUGCAGCAUCUGAACUCUUCAAAGAACUCAAGCAGGUGCAUAUGAUUUCCUACCAGUGCAGUCCACUGUCAACACCUGAUGGAAUUGUUGGAACUUUCCGUCAAUGCAGCAGAUUUCAAGAAAGCAAAGAUCUGAAAAAGUUUGUGUCAGUUGUUGUUCUGGAUGAGGUUGGACUUGCAGAAGACUCACCAAGGAUGCCACUUAAGACUCUUCACCCAUUGCUUGAGUAUGGCUCUGAAGAAGAUGACAAUCCACCGGCUCAUAAGAAAGUUGCUUUUAUAGGCAUCUCAAACUGGGCGCUUGACCCUGCCAAGAUGAAUCGAGGGAUUUUAGUUUCCAGAGGUGUUCCCAAUGAAGAAGAGCUUAUUGAAAGUGCUAAGGGCAUAUGUGCAUCCGAGACAUCACAUUCAGAGGCGCCACAACCAGGAGCAUCACACCUUGUCAGUCAAAUUCUGAAACCUCUGGCACAAGGAUACUUAAAAAUUUAUAAAGACCAAAAGCAUGACUUCUUUGGACUUCGAGAUUUCUACAGCUUGAUUAAGAUGGUGAACCAGUUUGCUAAAAAGUCAGGAAAUGUGCCGACUUGGGCUGAGAUUGAACACGCAAUCAGACGCAACUUCGGGGGUUUGUUAGAAACUAAAGAUCACAUAAAAACAUUUGAGAGGAAACUUGAAAGUUAUGUGAAAAAGGAGAAGUGUGACAGAGAUCCAGAUUGUUCACCAUCUGGCCUUAUCAAAGCGAGCUUGGACGCCCAGGGACAAACGCAAUUAGAAGGAACAAAGAAAGUAGGCCAUGGAACAUCAGAUGGGGACAGCAGGUACUUACUUGUGUUGACUGAAAAGUUUGCAGCUCUUCCCAUCCUACAAGAACAUCUGAACAAAAUGAAAGAUGCUGUCAUUAUAUAUGGAAGCAGUUUUCCAUUUGAUCAAGAGUACACACAAGUAUGUCGCAAUAUCAACCGCAUCAAGCUUUGUAUGGAAGCUGGUCGGACAGUUGUGCUGUUGAAUCUUGAGAACCUCUAUGAGAGUUUGUAUGACGCUCUCAAUCAGUACUAUGUUUACUUCGGUGGUCAACGAUACGUUGAUCUUGGACUUGGUAACCAUCGUGUCAAAUGUCGCGUCCAUGAAUCAUUCAGGUUGAUAGUUGUUGCUGACAAGGAGGUUGUUCAUGAGCGAUUUCCAAUCCCACUUAUCAAUCGUCUUGAGAAACACUUUUUGGCCAUGACAACGAUGUUGAAUAAGGACCAGCUGAGGGUUGUCAAACAGCUUGAGGAUUGGGUGACUUUGUUUACAACUAUUAAACACCACCGUCAUCUUCAAGCACAAAAACAAAGCUUCAAGAAAACUGAUGCAUUUGUUGGAUACCAUGGUGACACAAUUGCUGCUCUUGUCUACCAAUCAUGGGCAUCCUGUGAUGGUGAAAGUGAGGUGUUUGAAAAAGUUAAGGACCAGUUGUUAACAUGUGCCACACCAGAAUCCGUCACCCGAUUAUCCAAAACAAAUAUGUCUGAUGAAGAGAGAGAAGCACUGACAAAUACUUACUUCAGGGUACAGAAGCAUGGAUGUCUUGCAGACUAUCUAGCUGACAAAAUUCAGAAGAAUCAUGAUGAAGAGGCUACAGGGAUCCUAGCCCAGGUAACAACAUACUCACAUCUGCUAAUAGAAGAAGACUCAGAGGCACUUGCAGAAUCUACUGAGCUAGAUAAUUCUCACAUCAAGAUGAUCUCUCUACAGGAAUUUCAACAUGAGCAACAAUUUUCUCAUAAAGUACAGAAAUUCUUUGAUGAAAAUCGUGCAAGUGAGCGACUACUGCUGGUUCAGUGUGAUGCUAGCAGUGACACCUCACACCUUUUAUCCUGUGCCUCUUAUCGAGUUCAAGAUGAAAGAGAAAAUGCAUUGUCUGCUAUGAAAGAAAGGAUCAAGGAGUCAAAGCAAGACUAUCCAAUUGAAAGCAGAGCUCACGUUGUAUUCAUUAUUCAGCUUCCUCGUGUUAACAGAUGUUUCGAUGGAUUUCAAGGUGGACUAUGGGCUUCAGCACACAUUGAUGACCUUCAACCUCCCAAAGAGAACCGACCAGAUGUAUAUGAGCUGAUGGGUCAAAUGAUGAGUGAUUUGUUUACGGUCUCGAAGAAAGGUAACCAAGAAGAUAUUCCAGAGAGAAGAGACCAUGAAGCAGAAGUUGCACUGGACAACAAUGAGAAUUUGGGCCUUAAAACUCCUAUGUCUGAAGAACUCAGUAAAUCAGACGAUGAAGACAAAAUGGAAUGUGAUUCUCAUGAUGAAGGAAGCAUGGAACAAUAUUCUGAUGAUGAAGUAAGCAUGGAACAAUAUUCUGAUGAUGAAGAAAGCAUGGAAGGUGGUUCUGAUGAUGAAAGUAACAGUAUGGAGGAUAAUUAUGAAGAUGCAGAAAGCAUGGAGCAUGAUUCUGAUGAUCAAGAUUCCACAGAAGACACGGACCAAGAAGAUGUAUGCAAAGAACAUGUUGCAGUGAAGAUGGAGAGCAACGAAGAUAACACUGUAGUUGAUUUCACAGCAGUUCUCUUGGACAGUAUUCAUCCAGCAACUGCAAGAAUUAGUGACCCAAACAAUCAGAGACAUCGUUCAACUGAAAGGGUUCGUCUACUGGUAAAUUUGUUGAAGAGAGGUUCUCCUCACCGAGAAUUUCUGCGUUUGCUAAAGAUUCUCAUAAUCAAGCUUGUCAAAGAGAAAGACAGCAGAGCGCAUGAAGCAUCUCAAUGGUUGACACGAGAGGCACUUGACAUCAAAGAGGUUCAAGAAAGUGGAACAUUUAGACAAGCCUGUUGGCAACGCUUAACAGCAACUGUAGCACCAUUCCUGGCUGAAGUUAUUGCCAUCUGUGACAUCAGCAACAAUCUUAGUCUCCUUAAUAGGCAAGAAGCUGACAACGCUUGGCUGCACAAACUUUGGUUGAGCAUCUUUUCAUCUGUAGAUCUGAUUGACAUCAACUAUGACAUGUGCUUAUCUCCUGUGGAGAAAGUUCCACGGUUUGAGGUACCGCUUCAAGAGAAAGGAUAUGGUGGCAAGUCAUUCGAGGCUCUCUUUCCAUUCUCAUGGAUUAUAAAGGCAAAAUUGGAUGAUAUUUGGAAAUUUGCCUCAGAAGCCAAAGUUGAAGUAGAGGCAACGCCAGAUCAGCAGUUUUUGAAGAAUGUUCAGGAAUCUGAAGUUGGAAGGAAACUCCAGACAGCCAUCACUAUUGGUGGAGUUCAGAAGGUUGUCCAACUCUACUGUUCAGAUUUCAUCAGGAUGACUUGCAAGAUCUCCCAAGAAGAUCAGCACAAGUUGAUGUGUGACCAUAUAAUAAAUGCAUCUUAUUCAAUUGUACGAGAACUGGGAGGUCAAGUUGACAGUGUGAACUCUGUUGCUGCUAUACAUUUAGCAUUCAACAGAUUUCAAGCAAGGUUUGAACAUCUCUCACAACUUGUUAGUAUCUGCCAAAAUGUCUUGAAUAAAAAACCAAAACCAGAUGAAGAAGGAUUAGAUACAAAAGAAAUGACUGUUGAUGUCACAAGUCUCAGAUAUAUACUGGGAGAAAGUGAUGGCAAUGAGGGAAAAGAUUUCAGGUCACAAGAAGGACAAAGAAACUGGCUGCACAAGAUCAACACACUGUGUCCUGUAGUUCAAAGUAUGAUAGCAUUGUAUAAGAAAAAAAAAGACAUUUUUGGACCAAACAGCCAGAGAAUCCUAGAGGAGUGCAGAUGUUUGUGGUCGAGGAUUACUGUGAUGAAGCUGUUCUUUGAGCAUGUCUGCUUGCAAAAUGAAGAAUUUGCUGAUAUUGUUUCACCUAAAUGCAGGUUCCUCUGGCUGACACUGAAAAAAACAGCUGACUUGAAGUUGAAUACCUCUAUCACGGGCUUAGUGAAAAUCCUGAAUGAAGUCAAUAAGAAAGCUGGGAAAAAGUACUACAAGAGUGGAAUUCAUCACUGUGGAAUGUGUGACGAAGCCAUUACAGAUCCUGUUCUCCUGUCGUGUGAGGAAAAGCAUGUUUUUUGCAAGGUGUGCAUCGAGGGAUACUUUCAAACAGAAGGUGCAAAGAGAUGCCCAGAAUGUAGACAGGACAUUCCUCAAUCAUUUGAGUGUAAAGAACAGUCUGAAGUCAGUGAGGUUGUUGCCCAGCACAAUGCGUUCCGUCAAUGUUGCAACUCGUUUUUCAUGGAAGUUGUGUCCCAGCUUUGCUUUGCUGAUGGAACCCCACCAAGUGAAGAGGUCAUAAAGAGGUUGCUGGGAUAUGUGACAAUAGAUUCCAAAAAACAGAACAGACGUGUCACAAAGAAAGUUUCUCCUUUCCCGGAGGAUUGUAUCGAUCCAAAUCCUGUAGUCAGAUCUUUCCUACUCCAGCUGUUGCUUCAGUCAAAUUUGGAAAGUGUAAAAGAGCAUGUACAAGAGUAUCUGAAAAACUCAAGAGAUCUCAUGGAAAGAUCUGAUGAUGAUGUUGUCAGCCUCUGCAGAUUGUUUGUCAACUGUCUAGAAGACACGUACUACUGUGGUUUUCCGCAAGACUGUGAUGCAAAACUCAUCCAAUUACUCCUCGGCGAUGCUCUUGGGAAACUUGAAAAUGCUCUCCAUUUUUUCAACGGACAAAAUGCCACUGCAGACCCGUUAAGUGUUGAGUUACUUGAAGCAAUAUCGCAGAGUCGUUUUGCAUUGACAAUGCUCGCUGACAUCAUUCAACGCCAACAAGAUCAACAAGUCUACAGUGCAAUUACUAUCAAGCGUCUUGUUGCUAUGUUGGCAAGGGAAGCUAGAAGAUUCUGUGAGCAGAAUAAACAGGCACAGUUGUAUCUUGUGAAGUACAUCUGCAAGGCUUACAGCAGAGAUGCUUUAACCCGUCUGAAGGGUGAUGAACAGUUUAGCUGGAUCUUACCAGAUGAGUUGAAAGUUCAGGACCAGAACAUUCCAGAUAAUUGUGUCAUUGUUGGCGACAUGUACAUCAGCAUUCGAGAAGCUAUUGGUCAAUGUAUGGUUGACAAAGAUUUUGAGAAGAUGUUCAAAACUGUGACGGAUGUGAAGGGACAGGAGAAGGACAAGGAAGUAUGCUUCCUUCUUGCUUUAUUCAGAGAGAUUACAAUGAAUGCCACAACUACUGUAGAAGCCAAAAGAAUAAGUUUGGAGGUGAAAAGAGAAUUUGGAAAAAUUAUCCAAAACAUGCCAUUCCUGAAAAAUAAGGUUGUUGCAGACACAUUGUUACAAAACAGAGGACAAAACCACCAUGUUCUUAAGGUCACUCCUGGAUUACACCUUCAAGACUACAGCAUCCAGGCAGCUGUGACCCAUCUUCAGAUUGUUUUGAAUGUAGUUGAACGGGAGUCGUUGACCCAGUGUCUGGCAAUGUUGAUGAGAUCCCCAACUCAAAUGCAGCAAGCUUAUUUACCAGCAAUGCCACAAGAUGACCGUAUGGAAGCAAGGGCAGCUCUACAUCAAGCGUCAAGAGAUCAGAACUUAACUUGGUACCAAUGUCCAAGUGGUCAUCUAUACACCAUAGGAGAUUGCGGCAGACCGUAUGCAACAGGACGAUGUCCGGAGUGCAAUGCGCAGAUUGGAGGAGAACAACAUCGAGCUCAUUCUGGGAACACGGAAGCAAACAUGGUUGAUACAACGUCCACUGGUCAUGUGCUUGGAAACCCACAGAUUCAACAGGGCAACCAGAUUGUGUGUGAACGAACAAUGAACUGCAUGGCAACUGCUGUUGUCCGGUUCUUGUUGCAUGCUAGCAUGCUACUAGGAACAGAAUGCCAACAGGGACCACAGCCAAUCAUCAAUAUAAUCAAACCAGCUCCACUUAAUGUGCUUGAGUUUCUAUGGCAACAUCUGCAUAAUGAUGUAAGGUUGUUGUCAAUAGCAACAGGCAAGAACAGGGAUGAUUGCAUCUUCAUCCUUCACAAAGUUAUUGACAACAUUUUGCACAAAAGAGUCCCAGCACACUUUCAAUCUGGCUUUCAACAACUGUUGUCAUCGAAGCAAUGUCGAAAAAAAUGGGAGGAAAAUUUUACAGCUGCGUACAUCACACCUCUGCUCCAGGGACUUAAUGAAAUGAUCGACCGAUCAAAUCAGACUCUGGUCUCUGACAAACGUCUCAGCGAUGAUCCUCUGAUGCGACUGCUGCACACGUCAAAUGUUGUGAAGCCUGAGGACCUGGGUAAGCUGGUGGAGACAUCGCACGUAUGGCAGUACCGUAGUCGUAUCACCAUUCAGUGCAUCCAUCAAGCUUUGGCAAAUGAAGAAGAUGGCGCUUCACUGCAAGUCCUCAGACUAUUUAUGGAAAAGGAGAAGCAUCUUAGAGUUGUGCGACAUUUGCCUGACAUUAUACGACUUCAGCGUCUCCUAAUCAACAAAUACAACAGGCACAUUGACUCUGCAGAAGCUAUCAACUUGAACAUUUCCAGAUUUUUGGAUCAAAUACAUGUAACAGAGAGAGAAGAGUUUAAGAGAUUGAUUGACACAUUUAUUGAUGUCUGGAAUUCUGUCAAACUAGAUGUCGCAUUGACAGUGAAGUUGCCUAUCCCAAAAGAGUGUUGUUCAGAGGUCAUGUCACAUGAGAGUAACAUAGCGAUGUUGCUACCAACGAGGCGAGACUCUGGUCUGUGUGCUACUGGUCUUGUUGACUUCCUCAUCUUUACACAAAAUGAAUUUCUAGACAGAUACCAUAGUAUCAAACAUUUACAGAUGAGCAAAGUCAAAGUUGAUCCAUCUGACCUGCUUAUGUCACACCUGAUUGCGUAUGAUCCAGACCGUGACCUGCUUCCACUGAUUCUAUCCCAGUGCCAAUACAUUGUAAGACCAAUGGCGGAAAAUAAAAUUGAAUACAACCUGCAAGGUUUAGAGCUGCAACUCAUUGAGAGGUUUGUCAGGGGGCGUGCAUCUAUUGAUCGCAAAUUUGAUCAAUUAUUUUUCCGACAAGACGUCAGGAAUGCCUCUAUAUUUGAAAAUCUGAGAGACAAGAUACCGCAGAAAGGCUAA